AUGGAGGACGACAUGGCAAGUCACUACCAGAUGAUGGAAGAGCUGGGCAGUGGUAGCUUUGGAACGGUAUACAAAGCUAUUGACAAGGCUACGGGCGAGAUCGUAGCGAUCAAGCAUAUCGAUCUCGAGUCCAGCGAAGAUGAUAUCCAGGAAAUCCAGCAGGAGAUCUCGGUCCUUGCCACCUGCGCCAGCCCAUUCGUCACGCAAUACAAGGCUAGUUUUCUACGAGGACAUAAGUUGUGGAUUGUGAUGGAAUUUCUCGGGGGAGGAUCGUGUUUGGACCUGCUCAAACCCGGAGUCUUCAACGAAGCACACGUCGCUAUCAUUUGCCAACAAUUGCUACUCGGACUCGACUAUCUGCACAGCGAAGGCAAGAUCCACCGCGACAUCAAAGCCGCCAAUGUACUUCUGUCGCACACGGGCAAAGUGAAGCUGGCGGAUUUCGGAGUUGCCGCGCAACUGAUCAACAUCAAAUCUCAGCGCAACACAUUUGUCGGAACACCGUUCUGGAUGGCCCCCGAAGUCAUUCAACAGGCUGGGUAUGAUUAUAAGGCGGACAUCUGGUCGCUCGGAAUUACGGCAAUCGAAAUGAUCAACGGCGAGCCACCCCAUGCGAGCACCCACCCCAUGAAGGUACUCUUCCUAAUCCCCAAAGAACCCGCCCCGCGCCUACAGGGAGACCAGUACAGCAAUACCUUCAAAGACUUCAUCGCACAGUGUUUGACCAAGGACCCCGACCGGAGACCGAGCGCGAAGGAGCUUCUGCGACAUAAAUUUAUCCGCAAUGCGGGCAAAACGGAGGCGCUACAAGAGUUGAUUCAUCGCAAGCAGGAUUUUGAUGCUGGACGAGGAGUGACCCACAAGAUUAAGUAUUAUGCGGAGUCGCUGAAUACUAUUCGGAACCUGAACGACGACGACGGGUGGAUCUUCGAUACCGUGAAAGCUUCUACGACGACUAUACAUGAAGUCGAAGACGAUGAGGAGAAUGGGCCAGAACCAGAGCCAGAGCCACAGGAAGACUGGGUUUUCGACGAAACCGCCGACAUGAUGGACGAUCUUUACGUGUCCAGCCCUCCGUCAAAGCAUACGAAUAACACCGCGGUACGACGAGCUCAAGCUCCCGACCACAGUCCGUCAAUUCGGCGGGCUAAGCGACGGUCGAGUGGAGUGAAGCAGCCACUCGGAGUGGAUAUGAGUUUCGGCAACAGCCCGUCGACGGUGCGGCAGUUCCGUCGGGUGUCGGACAAUAAGAGCCCUAGCGACGCAUCUUACCCGCCGCAGUACCUGUUCGGAGGGGACGAAAACGCCAGUCCCAAGACGUUAUUUUCCGAGCCGAACAGCAAGGAAGCGCAACUGGGGCGUCGGGCGUACAGCAAGGCGGUCGGGCUCGCCUGCCAGGAAGUGUUGGGGACCACGGGCGACCAAGAGAAGCGGGAAGCGAUCUCACGACUAGCGGAGGCCUGGAGUGAUCUGGAGAUGGUCGAUCCCGAGGGACUCUAUCAUAUUCUCAGAGCGACGACGGAGAAGCUACAGAGUGACCCGAAGCUGGCCAGUCUCGUCCCACCCGCAGCUCCACCGGCCGAUUCCCCACAGAGGCCGCGACUGGUUUUGGCGCAGAGCAACCCACACCUCAAAUCCCACCGGCGCCGCCAGAGCGCCGCCGUGGCCGAGCCUAGCCUCCAACCCGCCCAGCUUGCAAACCUCCCCGGGCAACAGGUGCCGGGGAUGGAGCACACUAAGCAGUUGUCAGAUGUGCUCUAUCAGCGCUGGUCUGAGGGCCUUCGCAAUCGAUGGCCUGGAAUCUAG